AUGAGUAAGAACGGAACCAAAGAUCAUUGUAUGCUGUUUAAAGAAUUUGUAGACUUAAAAUGAAAUAUGUAAUUAUUUAUCUGUGCCUGAGUCUUCGUCUAGCAAUAAAAGAUGGCAAAAAAAGAGAAUGUUUGGAUUAAUGAUUUCGUUGUAUAUGAGAACUAAUUCAUGUCAGAAUGCCUCGAUUCUUCUGAUUUAGAAGUUCCUGGAACGACAGUGUAUUUUCCCGUAUAUCAAAAUCAUUCAAUUUCCAUACUUUGAUUUGUUUCCGAAGACAAAGAUAGAUGGCGCAGCUUAUCCAAGUUAUAUUUGAAACAUCGGCGCUCUUUGCAAACGAACUGUUUCUUGCCUUUGAGUGAAGACAGUGUCCAAUGAGAUGCUGAGAGAGAAGAAGCCUCUCAAAGAGGUUGGCGGCUGUUACGAACACUUGAGAGAAAAUGUGCUAGAAACGUGUUUCUCUCUUUGGUAGUAAAAGAGGAUUUUUAAGAUUUUUAAAAAAGCACAAAAUUUUCAUUUAUAUCGAUAGCAAAGAAUAUAACUUCAUGAAUGAUUAUGAAACAUCAUUUCGGAAGAUUUGAAAGAACACGUGAGGUAUCAACUGGUAGAAAAUUUUGCGUCUUGUAGCAUAUUUUCGUAAAUGGACAAAUAUUAUAGAUUGGAAGCAUGAUGGAAUUGCUUGGAAAAUGACGAAAAAUAUCUGAAAUAAAAUUGAGAAAAACAAAUGCUGCAAAGAUUAAAUUCUGUAAUUUAAUAAAAUUUCAGAAGGAAUUUUAAUAUUCUUUUUAAAUAUUAUCUUCUAAUCAAUACAAAGAAUCUAUUAUAAAUAUACAGAAAUAAGAAAUUCAUAUUCUUUUCAAUUAUGUGUGAGUUUAAAAACAAGCUAAGAAAUGGAAAGCCAUUUCUUCGUAAAAGAGAAAUGACGCCAAACGGAAACUGGACGAUGACUGAAAAAGGAACUGUUAUUUCCACACCAAGAUUUGAAUGGUUAAGGAAAAACAGACUUUUCCUAAUACUCUUCGUGUUUGCAAUCUGUAUUUUCAUACUGAUGGCUGCAACAGGAAUCUGCAUAUACUUCUUAUAUAUUCCUCAGGAAAAGAAAAAUUCUGUUAUAGAAAAUCCAUGUAACAAAAUGUUGUGCACCUUUGGUUCCCAAUGUCUCAUAGACGAAUCGACAAACAGAGCUUAUUGCCGUUGUGGAGAAACAUGCUCGGAUGUUUUCGCCCCUGUCUGUGGCAACGACGAUGUCACUUAUUCAAGUGAAUGCCAGUUAAGGUUAUCAUCGUGCACUCAACAACGACGGAUAUUUGUUCUCAGGCAAGGACCUUGUGAUAUUCAAGAUCCUUGCGAAGAAUUAAACUGCCAGUUUGGUUCAUUUUGCAAGCCGUCUAUCGAUGGCCAGACGGCUCGGUGUGUUUGCUCAGAAGAAUGCUCUCAUUAUGGUGGCAACCAAAAUCCAGUUUGUGGUAUAGAUGGCAAAAAUUAUCCCAAUAUUUGCGAACUGAAGAAAGCUUCAUGUAGACAAAUGAGGAAUAUUGAAGUGAAAUUUGAAGGCGUUUGCGAUCCUUGUGAUGGUGUCGAGUGUCCAACCUCACAAGUGUGCCAAUUGGAUGAAAGUCGCAAUCCUAUUUGCCGGUGUAAUUCUGUGUGCUCACCGGAUUUCCGACCAAUGUGCGGUUCGGACGGCAGGACCUACACGAACGAAUGUACGCUAAGAGUUGAAGCUUGUAAAUCCCGGAAAAAUAUUCGAAUUAUUUACACUGGCGAAUGCUCAAGUGGUGCUAAUCCUUGCGACAACCUCCAAUGCAGUCCUUAUCAGAACUGUGAUAUAGACGUUCACGGAAUCGCCACCUGCCAGUGUGAUGACGCAUGCGAGCCAGCUGUGCGACUCGUUUGUGGAUCUGACGAUCAAACAUACCUUAACGAAUGUGAGAUGAAAAAGCAAGGAUGUCUUCAGAAAAAGUCCAUCAAACUUGCCUAUAGAGGAGAAUGUGGUGAAAGGGGACCUUGUUAUCAAUACCACUGUGAUUUCGGAGCUAUGUGCUUCUUGAAAGGAGGAAUAGCGACCUGUGAAUGCCCCACCUGUACUGAAGAAUUCGAACCUGUAUGUGGAACAGAUGGAAUAUCAUACACCAAUAAAUGCAAACUUCGCCGAGAAGCGUGUGAGCAGAAAACUGAGAUAGCGGUCGCGUACAGUGGCUUGUGUACUGGCUGUGAAAAUAAAAGAUGUGAAUAUUAUGCUGUUUGUGAAAGCGAUGGCAGAGGAAAUGGGAGAUGUGUGUGCCCGAAAACUUGCAUCAAAGUUGAAUCUCUUGUUUGUGGCACUGAUGAAGUCACAUAUCUAAAUGAAUGCGAAAUGAGAGUCGAAGCAUGCAGAAAAGCUCAAUAUGUAAUGGUUGUAUCUAAAGGUCCAUGUGAUCUAUGUCGUCAUGUACAUUGUAAAUAUGGUGCUAGAUGUGAAGAGGGCAAAUGUGUCUGUCCGACGGAUUGCCCUAAGGUAUCUGAAACAGUUUGUGCAAACGAUGGGGUCACAUACAGAAAUGAGUGCGAAAUGCGUCAUGCUGCAUGUUUGCAUGACCAGGAACUCAACAUGCUUUUUUAUGGAGAAUGUGAUGAAGCUGGAGAAUCACAAGAUGAAGGAUCUGGUGCGGAAAUUGAUUGUGAAGAACGGACCUGUAAAUACGGGGGAGUGUGCGAAUACAAUACGGAUGGAAUAUCGCAUUGUGUUUGCAAUUUCCAUUGUCCCUCUACAUUAGAUCCUGUAUGCGGAUCAGAUGGAAAAUUAUAUGACAACGAAUGCAAAUUGAAAGAGGAAUCUUGUAAUCUCCAGAAAAAUGUCAUGCCUGUACAUAUUGAAAUGUGUGAAGAAUUUCGAGAGGUUCCCUGUGCUGGAGAAAUGCCAUUAAUUGAUCCCUCCACUAACAAAGAUUACUACUGUGGGGAUGGGAUCGGAUCCAAACUGUGUCCUCCCGGUAGUUAUUGUCAUAAGUCCUCUGCGUUCUCCAAAUGUUGCAGAGAAGUUAUCUUGAUUAAAACUUGUUCCGAAUCGUUGUAUGGGUGCUGUCCAGAUGGUAAGACUUCAGCUCAAGGACCAUUGAAUGCUGGAUGUCCGAGCGUUUGCAACUGUAACCGUCUUGGAUCGUAUGGGCUUACUUGUGAACCAAUUUCAAAACAAUGUUUCUGCAAACCUGGUGUUGGAGGACCAAGAUGUGAUAGAUGCGAGCCUGGCUACUGGGGUUUGCACAGGAUUACUGAAGAAAGCAAUGACGGAUGUUCCCCAUGUACCUGCAAUUUGUAUGGGUCUGUCCGUGAUGAUUGUGAACAAAUGACGGGACGAUGUGUUUGUAAGCCUGGCAUUCAAGGAAUGAAAUGUGACAUCUGUCCAGAAGGAGCCAUAUUAGGUCCAGAUGGAUGUGUGGACAAAUCCAUUGCUCAGCCAGUGAGUGGAUCUUGUGAGAAUCUAAUAUGCUUCCACGGAGCUGAAUGUAGAGAAACCGAGGACAAUCAAGCUCAGUGCAUCUGCGAUUUCACUUGUUCCCCAGAUGAGAACAAAGAUUUGGUUUGCGGGUCCGACGGAAACACAUAUGGUUCGGAAUGCCAGAUGAAGCUUUUUAGUUGCCGAUAUCAAAAGACAAUAACAGUAGAAGCGCAUUUUCCUUGCCCUGAAGAUUCAAAGAAAAGCAAACAAAACGUCCCCAUAUUUUUGAAACAUUCCAGUCUUCCACAUGGUAGCAAAACAUCGCAUCUGAAUAGAAAAUCAAGAUCUAGAUUUUUACCUGGUGAAUUUCAUCGUAGAACAAACAGACACUUCAAAAAAGGAAACAAAAGAUCCGGAUCUUCACUGCUGCAACAAAUAUCGAAUUCUACAGCAUCAAAAACUUUCGAUCGACUAUUCAUUGAUAUUGAAUUCGUUGCUCUAAAAAAGAAUGGAGUUAUUUUUUAUUGUGAUCAAAAAUUUGCAAACAAAAGUAUCUACCUUCUACUAACAAUUCGAAACAAGUUUCUUGAGUUAAGAAUCAAGGGGCUUAAUGAGACAACAAUUUUAAGGUCGACAGUAUUUAUCACUUUAGGGAAGACUCAUUUGGUAUCUAUCCGGAAUUAUCCUCAGUUUACGGUGAUGUACUUGGAUAAAAAAUGGGCAGACAUGAAAGCCAAUACAGAAUCUUUUAUAACAAGAGAGGAAUCUUUGAAUAUUUUCACUCGUGGAGUUCCAAAAUAUUUUCAAAGAUUCGAGAUAUUGGAUUUUCACUUGAACUCAGUUGGUUAUGUUCACAACUUUACAGUAGUUAGAGAGGAAUUCCAUGAAAACAGCACAAAUAAAAAGAUUCCUACGAGAUUUUCAUUUACAAAUCUCAAGAAUAAGUCAAAAAUUAUGGAGAUGGAAAACCCACUGGAUUUAAAAUUGAGUGCAGUCGACCUUGAAAGAACGAGUACAAAACUUUCCUUUCGAUCAAAGCCAAUGCAGUUGUGUUCAUGGACUGAAAGUUCGACAAGAAAUAAAGAAAGAAAAUUCAAAAUUGUACUUAAAGAUGGAAGAAUCCGUAUGUAUAUCUUAGCAAAUGGAAUUACACAGAUGGUUCAGCAUCAAACACUUCUACUGAACAACGAUGAGUUGCAUACGAUACAAAUUAGAAGGUCAAAUAAUGGAGUUCAACUGUAUGUAGAUGGAAUUCUUAAUUCUGAGAAUAUGAGAGAUAGACGAAUGUAUAGCGGGGAAUUUAAUCAAUACACAUUGGACUUUUCGAAGCAGGAUGUUAUUAAUUCAUUUUCCACUUGGAAAGGAUGUGGGACUAGAAUUUUCAUUAAUGGAACUUCUCUGGAAUUCAGCUUUUCACAGAGGUGUUACAGAGAUCCUUCUUGACAACUGCAAAAGUGAAUCAUAUAUACUUGGACAUAUCAGGACUUAGUAUUUGCAAGAGAGACAUUUGAUAGAAAACUCUUCCAUCAUUGAGUUACAUAUCAUCAUGUAAAAGAAAUUUUCAUACUAAUUCUUGUGUACGUAGUCUUCAU